AGUGGUAGAUUUUUUCCAUGAAAUUGAUGACUAUGUCCCCUAUGAUUUCACUGUAUACACUUUAGAUGACAAUGGACUGCUCUGUCUCAGAAAGGCCAGAACAUACAACAACCAGGAAGUUCCAAACCUCACAUUUCUUGUUUUGGAGGAAGGCUUGUGUUGUCCUCUCUAUGAUUCUGAAGAAGUUCUCAUCAAGCCCAUUGCAGAAUUAACAUCAGACAAGAUUCAGUACACCUGCACAAACGAUAAAGACAAAAUCAGCAUCCCUGGAUUCCUGAGGAAUCUGAUAGAGAAGAAAUUGUCAGUGUGGGUUCAGAAUGCCUUUCUGGCAAAGAAGCUGAGGCAGGGACGGGAGUAUGUUGUAGAAAAUGACAGUGUCUGUCCAGUGGACUUCAGAUCCACUGGUAUUAUAGAACUGAAUAAGAAGUGGGGUGAUGGGCUACAGCAGUUCAUUGAGAUCAAACACCAAGUCAAACUGAGCACGAUUUCAACAGUGACUAACUACAUUUCUAACAUUUCCCUUUUUGAAAAAUACCAUGGGAAAAUAUACGGAACAACAGGGACACUUGGGAGUGACACAGACAUGCUGUUUUUGCAGGACCUAUAUCCAAAUCUCUCCGCCUGCAGAAUACCAACUUUCAACCAGAGGAAAUUAUUUGAGGUCAAAGGUAUUUUGAAGACUUCAACUGAAGAGUGGAAAUCUGAAAUAAAAGAUGUGGUUAUGGCUCAAAUUUCCCCAAGUUCAUACAGAGAGGGAAGAGCAGCCUUGGUGAUCUGUGAAACCAUCAAUGCAGCGAAAGAGCUCCAUGAAGAGCUGAAAAGCAUCAUCCCAGGUCAAAUCAUUCUCUACAACCGCAGUGACAAAGACAGCUUGAGUAAAAUAGAUAAGACACUGGAUCCUGGUGAUGUCAUUGUUGCCACAAACCUUGCUGGGCGUGGCACAGACAUAAAAGUCUCAGAAAAGGUGAACAACAAUGGAGGAUUAUUUGUGAUCCUCUCCUUCCUUUCAGAAAACUCAAGAGUAGAGCUUCAGGCAUUUGGCCGAACUGCACGCAAAGGUAAACCUGGAUCUGCGCAGGUUAUCAUGACCACUGAUCAUCUUCAGGACUCCUUCAAGACAGUGUCUUCUCUGGAGGAGGCAAAGGAAACAAGGGACAAACAUGCAGCAGAAAGGAUAAAAGACAUGAUGAACGAUGUCACUGAGAUGAGACUGCGGGAGGACCUGUUCUCAGAGUACUGCAAGACCCUUGAGGAUAUUUACAGAAACACAGACGGAGAUGAAGAAAGAGCUGUUGUUGCCAUGAUGAAUGAGUUCUGGGGGAUUUGGUUGCAAACUAAAUCAGAAGAAAUUGAUCAGUUGAAAAGAACUGAAUUGCAAAAGAGCCUAAAAGAUGAUUUGUCUCUGGCGAGAAGUCAGUGUCAAAGUCAGACUUCACCGUGUUCUAGUAUUUACCACUACAUCAAGUUUGGAAAUAUCAAAGUGGAUGAAAAACAAUGGGAUAUCAGCAAAAGGCUCUUUGAAAAAGCUAUGGAACAAGAUGAAAGUUGGGCAGCAAUAGCUUUUUACAGUCAUGCAUACUGCACUAUAAAACAGGAGGAGAAAGAUUACCUCACAAAGGCCAGAGAUGAUCUCAGGAAAGCACAGGACUCUCUGAAGUACCUCAGUGAAGAAUGUAUGGUCUGCCUGCAACUUGUAAAAAUGUCCUCUGCUCACUCAGCCAACAGUCAACUCAACCAAACCAGCCUCGAAAAACAGUUUUUAAACAAGUGCAACAUGUUCAAGUACUUUGAUGAAAACAUCAGUAAGGCUAUCAAAAAGCUGGAGGAGAUAAAAGACAAAGGGAGGGAUGCAAUAGCCAAUAAAUCACCCAUGUUCUCCCUGAUGGAAGGUGCUGAUGAAGAUCUCCAAGCAGAGGCCGACAAUCUUUACAGACAAGGUUUGAAAUACGUCUUUUCUGUGGAAGAGAAACCUCGUUUCCCAUGGGAAGCUUUUCUGGUGUUCUGUCUCGGAUUUCUGCAGAUUAUUGCUGGGGCACUGCUCACUGUAUUUACGUUUGGAGCUCUUGCUCAAGUUGGCAUGGGGCUGAUCACUGAAGGAAUAUCAGACUGCAUUUACGGUAUCGAAUCCAUGGUGACAGGAGAAUUCAGUUGGAAAUCGUGGGCUAUAGACAAAGCCAUUUCUAUUGGUGUGUCUCUCAUUGGGUUUGGAAUUGGAAAGCUGAUUGCAAAGGGCUUCAAAGCUUGUAAAUUGUUGAUUAAACAAUUUGGCAAACACCUGAAGUCAUUGCCAAAGUUUUUCUCCAGGCAGGCAAAAGAUGGUUUUAGUGUUGUUGCAAAGAUGAAUAUGAAAAAUGCAGUGAAAUACACAGCAAAGAAAAUGGCAGAAGAAGUUAUUAGCUAUGGACUUGGGAAGGCAGAAGAGGAAUUACUGAAAAAAAUCCUAAAUGAUAUUAAGGAUAAGAUGCAAAAGGAAAUUGUAAAUGAUGUGAAAUCCAACAUGGAAAAAGAGCCCUUGGCUACUUUAGUAGACUCCAUUAUUCUCUCACACCUUGAGGAUAAACAACAACUUUCUGAUCUCGUACAGGAAGAAAAAGGAAAAAACAAACUUCUGGCUAUUUUCAAAGAAUUAAGCAAAACUGCCUUACAGCCAUUCUACGCUGACCUCAGCUGGCAGAACAAGCUCAACUCAACCCUCUCCAAAGUGAUUAAAAAAGCUAAAUCAGGGGUCAAAGGUGGAAAACGAUUAAUUCUGACAGCCAUCGAAGCCAUUCACAUGGGUGCACUAGCAACAGACGCCAUCAUCACAGUGCACAGCCUCUCAGACAAAUUUUUCUUGAACCUUCAAAAGGAUCUUAAUAAAUUUAAUCAGGAAAAAGAAAGUGAAGAGAAAGUGAAGCGAAAUGAUCUGUCUGAUUCAGAAACUAAGAUGCUGAAAGAAUUCAAGCAGGAUUUAGCUGACACCAUCAGUGCUUUAUUGGCUGAUGCUUUGGUAGAAGUCUUCCACCAAAAGUUCUCCAGUCACAUUGUUUCUCAUGUCCAAGGCAAAGUAAAUGACAUCAUCGGCGACUAUGUAAAAAAAGGAUUAAAGACUGACAGAACAGAGGAAAAACUCAGAGCUGGACAAAACAACAGAUACAUUGCAUACAUGCCAAGAGAUCUGAACUCAAAAGAUAAACUUCCAGGUAAACACUCACAGUCACAUGCUGAAAAAAUCAAGAACCCCAUGAUAGGUGGUUCCAUUCUGGACAUCAGAGUCCUCUCAGAAACCACUGGCACUAAGGUUAUCAUCCUAACAGAGGACAGCCAUGGCAAGCUCAAGAAAAUGCAGGAGCUGAACCCAGGAACUAAACCUGCCAGUCAAACUGUGACACUGAUCUACAGACCAAAGAGUUCCCAAAACCCAGACGGCCAUUAUGAUGUGCAGAUCAAUAAUAAGAUGGUGACCGUAACCAGUGAAGGAAAGGGCUGCCUGUUUCAUGCUUUAGCACGAGGCAUGAAACCAGAGGCCAGUGAUGAAGAGAUCACCCUGGAGGCUGACCGCCUACGAUCUGUGGAGGCCGACACUCUCCUGAAACACCCGGGCCAAUGGGAGGGUUUUGUCAAGCGCAAAGAGUGGACAGAUACAAUCAGAGGAGGGGACUGGUACAUGGGAGAGGGAGCUGGACUAGAAAAGAUAAAAGAAACCAAAGAGUGGCUCCAAAAAGAGGUUGGAAACGUUCAAUUCUACAGAGAUUUGCAAAAUAGAGAUGACUGCAUCGGAAAAUUCAUCCAUGCAGAUCACCAACCACCAGUGAGAAGUAUAUUGGAUGCUAGAAAUUUGAACCAGAAUAGCCGAUUAGCUGAAGCAUUUCUUGAAGUGGGAACUGACUCACAUCCUCUGGAUACUAAUCUGAUUUCCAAAGUCAAAGAGAAUCAUGGCCUCGGACUUCUAUCUGUUAAUGUACCAGCAGAAGUCCAUCGUGAGCUUCCUAGUACAACAAACAAAGAAUACAGGAAGUUACUGGCUAGAACAAUAAGCCAGGAUGAUGUCGUGGGCACCUUCAAGCUGACCAUUUUAGGUUCAAUGCCCAGAUUCAAGUUAAUCAGAGACAAGAACCUCAAAGACUUUAACAACAGUGAAGUGAGUAAGACCAGGCUUGCCAGUUUUGAACAAAGUUUUCCGCAACUCUCAACAAAGUUGUUACACAAAUGGUACAACCAGUUUAGAGACAAGGGCGUCAUGACAGAAGAUCAUCUCAAUUCUGUUACUGACUGGAUCAACAACCGAGGCUACGACAAUCAAAACGAUCCACUCAGGAACCAAGUCGCUGAUCUCCCAUAAUGCAAAGGGUAAUAUUGACACCUGACCAUAAGGUUGGCAGAGAAGUACAAUGAAAACUACAGAGAUCCACAUCCCUGAUGUUCAUUUGGAAACUGGUUUAGAUAGAUAGAUAGAUUAUUCAUUAUAUCUUAUUCAUGUUAAUCAUUUAAGUUUUUACAUUUUCAUUAUGAAGAUCAAGAGCUUUGAUUUAAAAGAAAUUACAGUUUUACACUCUUUACAUUUAUUUUUACACUUAUUUCAUUUUUCUCGAUUGUUCUAAUUGUACUAAGGGUGUGAAAUUUUAAAACUCAGACGACAGGAGUGCUUUGGGUUUUAACAGCCUGCUGGAUAAUUAUUACUUUUAUUUUUCUUUUAUGCAUGAUAGUAUGUUCUUACAUCUGCAGUAAUAGUUUCAUUAUGGACAGGUGUGCUCUUCGAUAAGAUGCACAAUCUUUUCCUGUGAGCUAAAUUAAUAAUGUUUUUAUGUUUUGUUUUUGUUUUUAAAAAGUAGUAUUCCAGUAUUUCAUCUUAAUAUUGAUUGAUAAACAUCUGGUAUUGGGACUUUGUUCCAGAACAAGAGCAACCUGAACUGGGGUUUAAAAACCUACUGGUUUGCUCCAAAGGAUGAUUUUGAUUUAAAUUUGAUUGUGUUUUAAUUAAAUGUAACUUGUCAUUUACUUCUUGAUUCUUAUAUCGUAUAGUUCUUAGUUACUCAAGAGUUUUAUUUUACACACAUCUUUCUCUUGUAGACACUUAAUAGAUUAUUAGGAUUACUCUCUCUACUCUAUUACUCUAUUUGUUAUGUUGUAUAAUUGUUCCAUCUUGAUGUAGGUACAUUCAUUCUUGAUAAGCAGAAGACCUGAUUCGCUGGUCGCACCGUGUCUUUGUUCCACUAUCUCUUGUUGGAUUUGUUGUGAUUCACGAAUGGCGAGUUGAUUCACACUUGACUGCAAAACUAAAGGACUACCAUCAUCUUGUGCAACCUGAGGUGGUGACACUGAUUAAAAGACCUGCCAAGUGUCUAAACAGACUUAAAGGUACAGCACUGAAGCCAGAUCCUCCCUCCAUUCUGACUCAGAUAAUAAAGACAGAACAAACAGGACAGAGAGUAAUGAACUGAGACAGUCUCAAUACUGAGACACUGACACUGAAAUGACUAUGACCAAGAAAAGCUCAGAGAUAAAUGUGUCUGAGAUAAAGACUAAACUGAUGACUGUUUACUUCUGUACAAACAUAUUCCAGCAGGAGUUAUUUGUCUGUGCUAUUUACCAGGAAAACACAGAUUUACUGAGUGUGACCAAAUAUAUGAUAGAACACACAGGAGCAACAUAUUGGAUAUUAACUUUUUCUUAUUUUUUGUUUUCUGCUUGAAGGUUAAAAUAUAUUUGAAUUUUUUAUGCUCUUUUAUCAGCUUCUUUUAGUCUUUGUUUUAUCUACUAUUCAUUUUAUUUUCAUGAAUACAAUCAGAAUAAUUCCACUGACCCUUGAUGCUGAUGUGUAUUGACUGUGAGGUAGUACAAUAUCUACCACUCAUUAAAUGAUAAUAAACUUCACUAUGCAUCAAGUGUUGUUGCCUGUUGUCAUUUCAUGGUGUCACUCCUGACGUAAACUUCAAUCCAUACAGAAAUGAUCGGUGUCUGUUCGUUACACAUUUAGUCAUGGCAGUAAAUGCAAUGUUACAACUUAGAACAAAUCAUAAAACAAUUAAAUAUGAAAUGUAUGCAGCAGUUUUGUUCAGACAUGAGAUCAAC